AUGAAUUACUCUCGAUUCAUCACCACCGUGAGCGCAGCAAGACAAGCAUCUCCAAUAAGGCUUCUGACUGAAUUGAUGCAGAAGUCUCCUCCAUCUCUCAUCUCUCUGGCUGGAGGGGCACCAAACCCUAAUGUUUUUCCAUUUAAGAGGGCUACUGUUGCCAUUGGACAUGGGACUGCUGUUGAGAUUGGGGAAGAUCUGAUGAAGAGAGCUCUCCAGUACUCGGCCUCAGCAGGGAUUCCAGAGCUGUUGUCUUGGCUAAAGGAAUUCCAGCAGAAUCUACAUAAUCCCCCCACAGCCAACUACAGUCCUGAGCAAGGACAAAUGGAAGUGUGUGUCACAACCGGCAGCCAGGAAGGCUUGUGUAAAGUGUUUGAAAUGCUCAUUAAUCCUGGGGACAACAUCCUUUUGGAUGCACCUACAUACUCUGGAACACUAGCAGCUCUGAGACCUUUGGGUUGUAACAUAAUUAAUGUUCCUAGUGACCAACAUGGCAUUAUUCCAAAAGCUCUGAAAGAAAUUCUGUCUGCUUGGAGCUCAGAAGAUGUAAAAAAUCGUAGCCACCACCUCCCCAAAUUCCUGUACACUAUUCCAAACGGCUGCAACCCAACUGGAAACUCUCUAACAGCCGAGCGCAAAAAGGAGAUUUACCAGCUUGCAAGAAAGUAUGAUUUCCUCAUAAUAGAAGAUGAUCCUUACUACUUUCUUCAGUUUGAAAAGCCAUGGGCUCCAACUUUCCUCUCAAUGGAUGUGGAUGGCCGAGUUAUCAGGACCGACUCUUUCUCUAAAAUUCUCUCAUCUGGGUUAAGAAUAGGCUUUCUUACAGGUCCCAAGCCUCUUAUCGACAGAGUUAUUCUGCACAUUCAGGUUUCAACAAUGCACACCAGCACUUUCACACAGAUUAUGAUAUCACAGCUGCUUCAGCAAUGGGGAGAAAAGGGUUUCUUGGAGCAUAUAGACAGAGUUGUGGAGUUUUACAGGACCCAGCGAGAUGCAAUGCUCAUUGCUGCUGACAAGUGGUUAAGAGACUUGGCAGAAUGGUACCCUCCUGCUGCUGGCAUGUUCUUAUGGAUCAAAAUUAAGGGUGUUUCUGAUACACAGCAGCUGAUCAUGGAAAAAGCUUUGCAGAAAGAAGUGUUACUGGUUCCUGGAGGAGCAUUCAAUAUCGAUAGCUCAGAGCCUAGUUCUUACGUCAGAGCCUCCUUCUCUCUGUCUUCUCCAGCCCAGAUGGAUCUGGCCUUCAAGAGACUGGCUGACCUUAUAAAAGAAGCUUUGUUAAAAAGCUAAAUAGAGCUCUUGCAGCAAUCAAAAUAGUCUCCAGAAAAUAUUUG